AAUAAUGUAUCGUAUCAGAAGGCGAUCAAAGUCGUGUUGUAUCCUGCAGUAGGCGGGUUUCCGAGCGCAUGGGAAUUUACACUUAUUGUAGUCGUUGCUUUACUUGCAGUAAGCUUCUUAGCAUCUGUGGGCAUGCAUUAUCAUUUAUGGCGUAUUCGUCGUCGACAACGACUCUUGUAUGAAAACGGACUAUUGCCACCCCCGUUUCCGCAAGCGUUCCAAGUCAAUUCAGAAAAGAAGGUGAUCGACGCAUCCAUGCUAACCUUGUUUCCAACACGUACCAUUGGAGCCACAACCGAUAUCAAUAUUAACAAUGACAACAACAACAACAACAACAACAACAGCAUACAACCAGAUUCACCCAUCGCUGUUGCUACUCAGCGGCGGAAUUCCUCCCAAUCUCACCUCGCCCAUGUCGACGAUGAUUCUUGUGUUAUCUGCUUGGAUGGGUUUUCUUCCGGUGACUCUGUGCGCAAGCUGCCAUGCGGUCAUGAGUAUCACUGCGAGUGUAUAGGUAAUCUGUAG